CUCUUUGGGUUUCGACUCCUUUCUCCUCUAGCAGUUUCUUACCGCCAUGUCGGAAACCGCUCCAGCUGAGACGGCCGCCCCUGCGCCGGUGGAGAAGUCCCCGGCUAAGAAGAAAGCAACUAAGAAGGCGGCGGGCGCGGCUAAGCGCAAGGCGACAGGGCCCCCUGUCUCAGAGCUGAUCACAAAGGCUGUGGCCGCCUCUAAGGAGCGCAAUGGCCUUUCUUUGGCGGCGCUUAAGAAAGCGCUGGCAGCUGGGGGCUACGACGUGGAGAAGAACAACAGCCGCAUCAAGCUUGGUCUUAAGAGCUUGGUGAGCAAGGGCACCUUGGUGCAGACGAAGGGCACCGGCGCUUCCGGCUCCUUCAAGCUCAACAAGAAGGCGGCCUCUGGGGAAGUCAAGCCCAAGGCCAAGAAAGCGGGCGCAACCAAAGCGAAGAAGCCCGCGGGGGCCACCCCGAAGAAGCCCAAGAAAGCUGCUGGGGCGAAAAAGGCAGUGAAGAGGACUCCCAAAAAAGCUAAGAAGCCCGCGGCGGCUGGCGUCAAGAAAGUGGCGAAGAGCCCCAAGAAGGCCAAGGCAGCUGCCAAGCCGAAGAAGGCGGCCAAAAGCCCUGCCAAGCCUAAAGCAGUCAAGCCGAAGGCGGCCAAGCCGAAAGCGGCCAAGCCCAAAGCAGCAAAGCCUAAAGCUGCUAAGGCUAAGAAGGCGGCCCCCAAGAAGAAGUAGGAAGUUGGCGUGUAAGCCCGCAACCAAAGCCCCAAAGGCUCUUUUCAGAGC